UGGGGAUUGACAGUUUAUCUUGAAUAGACAUGAUAGAAAGAAUAUUAUAAUGAGUAGAAUAAAUUAAAAUAAAAAUAAGAAUACAACAAGAACAAGACUGUCUAUCCUUAUCCUUUCAAUUAAUGCUGAUUUGAUGCUAUACGCUCUGUUGAGCUGUACAGUAUGAGACUACUAGAAUAGUCAUAGACUAGAGAUAGAGAUGCUUUAAUAUUCAAUCGUGAUAAAGAAUAGAUCAAUUCAUCAUCAUCAACCAUCUUCAUCCAGACACCUUCAACCCAACUCAACUUCAACUCACCUCAUCUAAUCCUAUCCAGAUGGCGAUCAUGUCAGGGUGGAUUCGACCUGCACGCUAAAUGUUUCUGCGCCAAACUUGCACGCCACAUCUGAAACUGUCUUCAUUCAUUCCAAUUCAUCCUCUUGGGAUCUUCAAUUCUCCAUUCUCUUCCUAUCCUCCAUUCUAUCUUCUCUUCGAUCUGGUCUCUCCAUCUCAUCUUCAAUUUUAUCCCCUCCUGUUCUCUCUCUUCCCCCCAGGAUGUUCCACAAUCCUCUUCUUUGAUCUUUCCUUCUCCAAUCUUAGUCCCAUCCAGCUCUUCUCCACACUUGAAUUCUCCCUUGGCUUCAUCCUUUCUUCUCUUCUUCCUCUCCUCCACUCGUCAUUCUAUCUUCUCUUUCGAUCCUCUCCUUCUGUUCUCUCCUUGGCUGCGUCUUUCCCCGGUUCUUUUCUUCGCGCUUCCUGCAAAAAAUUCAACAUCCCUAAAGAGCCUCAUCUUUUCUCCCUGACCUUCUUCUCUUCUCUUCUCUUCUUCGUAUCCGUCGAUCCCAUCUUCUCUCCGACUGCUUCUUUUUUCCCUUUAAUUUUCCCUUUCUCAAUCCAAUUCAACCUCCGACUCCCCCCUUCAACCGUCGACGUCUUCUGGAUCCCCUCACCGUUUCUACCCGCGAAGCUGCUCAUGCUACUGGUUUCUGCACCCUACCUUGACUAGCUGUCGCACAUGUAACAAUGGCACACCCCGAUCUCACUUCACAUCAUGUCAACUACUUAAUAUGGAGGUACGUCUUGCUUCCCAUUCUCAUGCAGCCCAUUUCCCCCCCUUCCUUCCCCUCUUCGUCCUCUGCGCGUCCGCUAACUUGACUCACAGGUACCUUCAAGAAUCAGGUGGGUUUAAAAUUCUCGUCGCAUCCUCCUUGUCUUCAGUCUUCAGUCUUCAAUGCGACAGUGGCGUGACCAUCGGAUCAUUCUCUA